AUGAAAAUCAAAUUACCUUGCGAAGAAAACCCCCACGCCACGCACGACACGCUGCUGGCCGUUUGGAGGAUUUGUGAAAAAAUACGUCCACUGCUGGAGCCGACAGCGAACAAGCUACGUUUGCAUUUCCAGCUCGAAGAUGCCUGCCAUUCCGGAACGAUUCCCGUGUACAAGUUUGUCAACAUACUCCUCUGCCAUCUCGGGGAGUCCUUGAGCAAGGAAGACAUCUGUAUAUUGGCUAACUUCUUCGGUGCGACUGCGGACCGCACAUCAUACGAUCAGUUUUGCAAUGUCCUUUUUACGGAGCAAGGCACCGAAGGAGCACCCGCCUCAGAGACUGGCAGCACAAAUAAUCCUGAAGAUCGUCUGUCCGUUUUCGAGCAUCGAAAGCUUUCCCUCACGCUCAUGUCGAUCGCUCGAGCGUUACGCUACCGAGAGCAAGUAUUACGGCCUUAUUUUGACGAUUAUUCGCUGGUGACGAACAGCGGGUCAUUCUGCACCAUUCGCUUCGCUACCCGAGUGCUGUACUUCCUGGGAGUUACGUUGGCAAAACCGGACACCGAGCUGCUCGUCAAGCGUUUUUCCACCGACGGUCACAACUUCAACUACGGUGCGUUUAUCGAUGACAUCGAUCAACUGUUUCGGUUUCUAGACGUCCGCGACGGUGCACUUGAUCGCAAAACGGAUGACGCUGCAGUUCCUCCAACGGUUAUAAACACCCACAUGGCAAAGCUAGAGCGUCCCGAUGUGGGGACAGUUUCCUUGUCCAAUAUGCUCGGUAAACGGCUUGCAUUUCACCCGGCUUUAGAACCAACUCGGUUGAAUUACGAACAGGAGGAAUUGUUACUUCGCAUUCAGCAGCAUCUUUGGAACGGUAGAAUAGAUGCGAAAAAUUUCUUUCAGCAGUAUGACCUGCUGCGCUGUGGAUGGGUGACCAAAAGUACCUUCAUUCGUUGUCUGGACAUCAUAGGGCUCUCGUCGCUGGAUCGAUUGCCCUUGAAUGAGUGGGAAAUAAGGCAGCUGUGUGGCAGAUACGCCAACCCGAAGGAUCCUUAUCGAAUACACUGGGAGGUGUUUGUGAACGAAAUGAACCGUGUUUUUACUGAACAACAUCUAGAGAAGGGACCCUUGAAACAUGUCGAAAGUCCUCCCGAAUCGGUAAAGACACUACCACGACCCGGAAAACAACAGCUCUCUCCAGUGGAGCUGAAAGAUUCGCAGGCUCUCGUGGCGGAGUUGAAAAAACAAAUUUCGACCCGACGAAUACUCAUUGAACCGGUGUUUAAAGAUUUCGACUCUCACAGGAAUGGGCACGUGAGUUUCAACCAGGUACGGGAAAUUUUCUCCAUGUCCGGGAUUACCCUGAAGGAGCAAGAAACUUUCCUGCUAGACAAGCUCUACGGCGAUGCAACGGGGUUCGAUUAUAGUCAGUUUUUCAAAGACGUUGGAUUGAUCGAUCCGAACGACGCGGAUCGUACGUUAACGCAUCGCAAAGUGAUCGAAAGCAUCAACAGGAACGCUCCGGCACCGUCCGAACCAAUGCCCCGGGAAAAAGAUAUCGUUCGCGUGUUGGCCAAGGUGAAAGCGCAAACCGUGCGACGACGGUUGCGGCUGGUUGAUUUCAUGCAAGGCUUCGAUCCUCUGAACCAUCAUCGCAUCACUGAAGAUCAGUUCUGCCGCGGACUUUCAACGGCCAGUGUGCAAUUGACACCAACCGAAAUGCAGCUUUUGUGCAACAAUUUCCGGACUCCAGCUUCCCAGACGGUCGAGUAUAAGCAGUUUUGUGACACCAUCGCAGAGGUCGACUACCAACCGUAUCUGGACAGGGCGCCACUGUUGGUACCGUGCAGACAUUUUCCGGCCGACGAGCAAGCGGAAAACUUCCUGAACUUUAACGAACGAACCAUCGUUUCUAAGGCGCUCCAGAAACUUGCGCGUCACGCGAACAUUGUAUCAAACAUAGGAUCGAUUUUGAAGGAUUUUGAUCGCCAAAACGUGGGCCGUGUCGGGCGCAACCAGUUCCUGCGGGCGCUGGCAAUGAGGGAUUUGCACACACGCAUUUCUAGCCGAGAGUUUGAGACCUUGUGCAAAUAUUUCGCUGUUGAAAUUGGUUAUCGUCAGGAUGUGAACUAUCGCGCGUUAUUGGAAACUGUCGAUUAUCUGUAUGCAAACCGGUACAUUCAUCCUUUUUGA